UGUUCGUUAUAAAUAAUGGUUACAAAACUUUCAAUCUUACUUAGUACAGGGAUUUUCGGAAUGAUGAUGAAAUUUCUUAUAGUAAUCUUGUUGACAGCUACCAACCAGUUUGUAACUGCUACCAACGGAAAUGUAGUAUAUAAUCCAAAAUCAGCUAUUCCUAGAACACAUGAAGAAUCCGAACGAAAAGAGGUAUGCAUGGGUGAGCUGGGAUGUUUUGACACAGGAUAUCCAUUCGAUUCACCAGGUACUGAAAGAAUCCUCAAUCUUGCACCAGAUCCGAGAGAAGAGAUUGGUACAGAAUUCCGAUUUUUCAGUCCAAAAAAUAAAGAUAUUCCGCAGUAUGUUACUAACAUGAACUUCUCUUCAUGGGACGUAAAAGACAGUGGAUUUUUCCGUGGCUGGAUUACGUAUUUUAUUUUGCAUGGAUUUAUGGGUGGCAACAAAGAAUGGCCUUUAACGAUAAAGAAUGCUCUUUUAAAUAAAGAAAGUUGUAAUGUGAUCAUCGUUGAUUGGACAAAUGGCCAUGGACCAUUGUACGAGCAGGCUGUUUCUAAUAUACGGGUGGUAGGAGCUGAAGUAGGACUUUUCAUUCAACGCAUGAUGAAUGUCUCAAACUUGUAUCCAGAAUUCGUGCAUAUUAUUGGCCACAGUCUUGGCGCCCACGCUUCAGGAUAUGCUGGCAAGUGGUUUAGGGAUAAGGGUAAUAAACUAGUUUCCAGAAUAACAGGCCUUGAUCCAGCUGGCCCGUAUUUUAAUGGAGUUGAUCCUGCUGUGAGGCUAGACAAAGGAGAUGCUGAUUUUGUUGACGUCAUUCACACAAACGCAGCCUGGACUCGCUUCACAGGUUUUGGGCUUGAAGAACCCAUAGGAGACGUGGAUUUCUAUCCAAAUGGUGGAGAAGAUCAAACCGGUUGUAGUAAAGCAUUUGAAGCGUCAGCUGGAAUUGUGGGCGAAGUUUUAAGCUACUUCAAUAUCUAUAGCUUAAUAUAUAAAUACGUUCAGAGAGGAUCUUUGGAUCCAAAUGUGGACGAGCAUGUAGACGCUUUAGCCUGCAGCCACGAUCGAGCUCAUCAGUACUUCCUUGCCAGCAUAGACACUGACUGUAAAUUCCUGUCUCUGGAAUGCUACAGCUGGGAAGCCUACGAAGAGGAUAAAUGCGGCUCAUGUGAGACCCAGAAAUGCGUUAGAAUGGGCUAUUAUGCUGCCAAAGAUCUACUACUAAUGUCGAAGAAUGAAGCAUCCAGAAAAUUCUAUCUCAAAACUAAAGAUAAACCACCAUACUGUUUGGAAAAAAGUGAAAUAAUUUCUGAUAACAAAUAAUUAUUUACAGAAAUAAUUGUUAAGUUGCUUAAAUUCAAAUAAAUUAAUAUUCGCACCAUA